AUGGGAGAAGCAGUCGCUCUGGAACCUGCAACUGCCUCGACUCCAUCACCGCGUGCUCGGCCAUCAGGCCGCCGUGGAGAAGCAGCUGUAGCUGGUUUUUCGGAGGCUGCCGCUGUCAACGCAUGCGCCACGCGUCCUUCGCAGUCUCCGUUUCCUUCACUCGCGCCCACGUCUCAAGCUGACGACUUCCGUGGUGCGUCGCGAGUCUCACGCCUGCUUCUCUUUCUUUCACUCGCUCGCCUCGCGUUUCUACCUCUUGCGUGGUCUCCGGGAGGAUCGCCGUUUUCGGCUGUCGCGCGCACUUCGGCCUGUCCUUCGGCUGAAGAUGCUGCCUGGCUUCCCCUGUCUCCACGACGGAGUAGCCUCUUCAACGACUCCCGUGGUGUGUCGCAAUCGAUCUUUUCUGUCGCCUUUGCGGCGGCAGCGACCGUUCAGGUUCCGCGCGAAGUGCAGCGAGGCCAGUCGCGAGGCGCAGACGCGGCGGGCGAGGACGCGCAGACGCUCGAGGCAGCCGGGCGGAGCGGAGAGGGGGGUGGAGUCGAGCCUAGCAGCGGAGAUGGAGCGCACGUAGGGAGAGGCGAGGGGGGUGCCAAGCUGGACGAGCGCCGAAACGCAGGAGGGAGGGAGGAAGCCGAGAAGCGGCCGGGCGAAGGUUGCCAAGACGAGAGUUCGGAUAUAGGAGCCAGGAGAGAAGAGAGGAAUGCCGCCAUUCUUGACCUCGCGUUGACCGGGUUGACGCGGUCCACCGAGGCUGCAGUCCAUGCUCACCGGGAGCUUCUCGACGACGGAAUUGGCUCAAGCGUAUCCGACACCCGAGGGCAGAUCUCCGAAUGGAGAGAAUCACAUUCUUCUGGCCCAGGCAAUUCGGCCUCUGCUGCGGCUUCGGCGCGCGAUCCUGCAGGCGUUUUGGGGACCGCCCUCCAAAGCCCUCACCCUCCUUCUUCGCCUUCCUCGCCUUCGUCGCCUCCCUUGCCUUCCUCGGCUACCGCUCGUGCCUCGUCUUCCUCGCCUUCGUCGCCUUCCUCGCCUUCCUCGCCUACCGCUCCUGCCUCGCCUUUACCGGCUCCGGACCUCGCCAGGUCUUCAGACGGCGUUCAAUCGAGUGCAGAGGAGCAUGAAGCGGCUGCGCCGUCGCCGCCUCUUCCGGCCUUCUGUGGCGCGGAGGAAGACCUCUCUGGAUGCGACGUAGUGCGCAACGGCACUUGCUACAUUCUCGCCGCGUCUUCUGCGCGUGCGGAGCUGUCGACGCAGGCGGAGGGUGGCCUGGAGCCUCCGAGCGACGGCGUGGACUCCCGCGACUCCCCGCCCGGGCGUCAGGGCGGAACGGAACAGGCACCGCACGCGGCAGCGGGGAAGCCGUCGCCGGCGGUUGAGGCAGAGACGGGGGAAUCGAGGCGAGUGAAGAAGGAGAAGGUCAAUGCAGAAGCUGCAACCAGAGAGGGAGACGACGGCGCACCUUUCGCACCACGACACCACAACAUGCGGCUGCUCAAGAACGGGCUCCGCAUCGUCAGUCGAGGACGCAUCGUCGUCGAUGUCGGCGUCCACCUCCUGUGCCCGUCAGCCUUGUUCUGGGAAGAGCGGGAGACGCUGAGACGGCAGGCCGCCGCGGAGGCUGCAAAGCGGCGACGCGAAGCGGGGCAGAGACGCACUCGGGGGCGAUGGAGACACGCAGCGCCAGGCGACGACCCGGAGCGAGGAGGCCCCCGCGAGAACGGACGGAGACCGCGACGGUCCCUCCUGGGAUUCCUCGCCUCGUCGACUUCCUCCUUCGACGAGCGUCCGGGUGCGGAUGCCGACACGGACCGGCCCUGGGAGCAAACCAACCCGAACGACGCAGAUGCCUUCUCGUCUGCGUGGGCUGCGGGUUCUGCCUCGACCGCUCCGCCUGCCUCCGCCCGGGCGCCUUCGUGGGGGACGUCCUCGCCUUCUUCUGCCGCUGAGGACCGCAUCGAGUUUUGUUCUGGAGACGCAAUUGUGCUUUCGCCCCACUCCCUGCUUCACUGUCGAGAACUUCUGCUCUUGUCCGGAAGAGAAAUCGUCCUCCAGGAAGGGUCGGAGAUCUCCGCGAAUGCAACCAGCCUCUUGAGCGCAGACGCCUUCGCCCAGCCGCGCGCAGGCCUCGGGAAUGCCUCUGGGUCUGCGCCGCGUUCUGGGAAUCCCAGCGGUCGCCGGGACGGGGCUGAAGCCGCCGAGGACGCACGCGGCGACCAGACGGCGCGAGCGAGGACUGCGCCCGUCGACGCCUCCGGCGGUGGGGCCGUCGAAGGCUCGCCCGGGAAAGUCGACUCGGGCAGCGCAGACGACACGGUGGCCGAGAGAAGGAUGCCGAGGCAGAACGGAAGGGAAGACCCGAUUCAAGGCGGCGGCAGUCGAGACACGUCGGCCGCCUUUGAGCUUCAGAGGCCAACGCCCGGGAAGCAGACGCAAGCAACGCCUCGCGGUGGAAGCUACGGAGGCGUCGGCGGGUUCCUGGCGCCGACCUGUGAAGAAGGCACUGACGGUCUGUUCGCGUCACUGCCUCCGAGACUUCGUACCUACGGGUCACCCUUUCUGCCGGUGCACUUGGGCAGCGCAGGCGAGUUUCCCGCAGCCGUGUCUCCGCAGACCGCGCGUCACUCCGUCGACGCUUCUCCCUGGAUCACCCCGCAUGCCGGCGACGCCUCGCGUUCUCCGACGCCGCCCUUCGCGGCACUCGAGCCGCCUCGGGGAGGCGGCUUCGUCCUUGUCUACGCCGCCGAACGUGUUGUCCUUGACGGCGGGCGCAUUUCGGCGUCGGGCGAAGAGGGGUGGCGUGCGCUCGACACAAGGUCCGAGUUCUGGGCGAACGAAGGCGUCAACAGGAGCACUGGAGGGGGAGGUGGGGCCGACGGUCCAGAACAGGAAGGCGCGGCACUCUGCGAGGAAGGCGCUCCGCGCGCUGCAGGCGACGCACGCGGCCUGAGUGGGGAGAGGAGGACCGAGCCAGGUGAAGAGGAGGGAGACUGGAGUGGGGACGCCAUGGACGCCAGACACAGGGCGAGAUCGGGGCGGAAGAGGCGAAACGGGCGGAGAUCUCGUCUCUCUCGAUGGCUCGACGCGCUGGUUCUCUGGGUGACGCCGUGGGCCUUGAGACAGGCGGCCCGGAGACAGGAGGAGCGUAACCGAGGAGGGCCGGAAGUGCGAGACGGGGGCGGGGAGAGUGAGGCAGGGACCGAACGCGGCAAAACGCGACAUAGAUGCACUGGCCGCGAACACGAGAGUGUCCCGUUCCUGCCUUCGCAAGCCACCGCUGGGAGUGGAGGCUCACUCGUUGUCAUCGCGCGAGAUCUCCUUGUCUCUCGACCUCUGGAAGGCGGUGGGAAGCUCCUGGCCCAAGGCGGAGGGUGCCGCACCUCUGUGUCGGUGGAGAGGCGGUUUCAGGAGCGCAGUCGACGAGAAAGCUUGAUUGCUUCUUUCGGCCGCGAGCGGGUGCACGCGGAGCGAGCGGCGAAAUCUCUCGACUCCGGGAAGGGCCCAAACUACAGCCCAGGAAACACCCGCGCGAGGGAUCCGGAAGCAGCGGCGGAGGCGGUGCACUCAGCCUCUGCUGCUUCGCUGAGCGAUGCUCAAGGAAAAGCCGACAGAGAGCCCCAGACUGCGACGCGAAGAAGGAACAGCGUUUCCCGCGGCCGACGCCGGGGCUGGAGAGAAGAGCGGGCGUGGAGAAGGCGCGCGGCACGCGAAGCGGAAGUGAGGGCGAAUGCCGAGCAGGAGACACAAAUGCGCGCGGACGCCUGGCUCCGAAAUCAAGUGUGGGGAGACUGCGCCGCAGGUGGCGGCGGUCGCGCGGCUCUCUACAUCCAGAUGGCCCAUCCGCUAGUCCCCCUGGUCUUGGCAACGGGCGGCUGCAGCGCGAUGACUCCCCGCGUCGAUCUCCUCCCUUGCAGCUGCGGCGGAGGAGGGACAAUUUUUUCGUCUUUCCAUCAGAAGCUUGUCGUCCACAAUCGGUUGGAGACGGCAGUCGUCUCGUCACCUGCCGCCUUCCCGGCGGCUUCUGCGUCCGCGGGCCUCGCCCCAGGCGCGGGCGAGUCUGCGGCUGGCCGCGCCGCGCGAUCCGUGCGGGAGAGCGGCAGCGACGGGUCCUCUCCGUCUGCCGAGACUGCGGCGCGACCGGCUCCGGGCGCCGCCGGCGAAGAAGGCAGCGGCGAGGAAGCAGGCACGGCUUCUUCGCGCGACAAAGAAGCGCAAGCUCGAGAAACGGGAAAAAGUUCAGAAGGCGCCGAGAACAGACCGCCACCGUCAGGCCAGGCAGGCCACGCGCUGCCUUCAGGUGUACCUCCACCGCAGCGCCGGCCGAUCUUGAGUCUAACAGAAAUCACGAGUUUCCAGCCUACACCGCUUCCUGACUGUCUCUUUGCUCCUUCGUUGAACGUAGAAAUCGACACCGCAGUCGCAGUCUUCCUCCCUGCGCCAAAGUGUCCUGGCUACGAGGACGAAGCGGGCUCCAUGACGAGACAGCCGCGGCCCAGCACAGGGGACCAGCGGGACAGCGGGCGCGGAGGAUCGAGCGAGGACGAGACAAGGCGACGGCCGGUAGCCCCAGACGCCGAUGGCGAGAAGGCGGGGAGAGCGGUGGACACCGCAGACGAACGCAGCCGCGGAAACAGAGGAGGGGAGACACCUGGGUCUCGAGGACGACCCGAGGAUGAGACGCGCGUAACCGGCGAAGACGGUAGCGAGAAGCGGACGCGGAGACCCAUUCAGCCCACGGCAGCAGUUACCAGAGAAGGCGAAGAAGGGAUGAAGGCGCAAGUGCACGUGAAACAGGAAGACUUGCAACAGACAGGAAACGAGAGCUUUGAUCUCGAGGAUGGAGAAGGGGCGGCAAAUGCCGGCGACAACAAGCGAUGCGAUGGGAUGCCUCCAGAAGGAAAAUAUAGGAGAGGUGACGGAGGGGAGGAUGUGGCAAGCGACCGCGAGGAGAACGCGCGCGAACGCGGAUCGGCGAGGGGGACACGAAGGCCUGACGCAGGCAGCGAAAAGGAGCGAGACCGCCUGAACAAAGCCAGGCACGAAGAGCCAGCACACGACGCAGCACGAGAAGAACGCCAAAGCGUAGAGGCGCGGCCCGCAGAUUCGGAAGUCCCAGCGGACGGCACUGACGCACGGAAUCGGAAACAAACGCGCGGGUCUCCUCGGGGCAGAGAAGGGCCGAAUGCCAAUGCGGGAGAGAGGCGAGAACGUGAAAAAGGGGAAGGAGAAGACCACGAGGCAGGCGACGCAGAGAGAGGCGGCGAGGGAGGCGAGGACUCAACGCCGACUCGUCUGAGGUCAGGAAGCCUCGUCGUCCUCGGCACGCUUCUUCUGCAUGGUGGCGCCAAGGCGAACCGCGUCUCCUCUUUCGUGGUGUCGCGCUCACUUAUCGCAGGUGCGUCCCUGCGGAUCCUCGAGCCGCUUCACCUUCAUGCGGCUUCAGGAUCCGUUCGGCUUCGACAGCAAAGCGUCCUCGCCUUUUCGUCGCCAGAGGGCGUCCCAUCGCUCUCAGGCGCCGCUGCGCGUAGUGAAGGCAGAGCCUCGGACGCGCCCCCAGCUCCCCAAGAGAGACCGGAGCGACGCGGCACACCCAGCCACGCAUUCGUUUCAUCGUCGCCCUCGCUGACGCCUGGCCCUCGUUCCUCGCCUUCUGUCUCUGCUUCAGAGAGUUUGUCUCCGCCUCCGGUCCCUACGUUCCCCAUUCUUUCCGCUUCGGGUUCUGUGCAGAUCGACGCGAACGCCUCAGUCCUGUUUUCUUCGUCCCUGCCGCCAACGACUGAUCCGUCUCUAAUCUCCUCGUCCCCGUUUCCCUCUUCUGUCUCGUCCUCCUUCCCCCUUCUCCCUGCGCCGCUCCUGGCGCGGCCGUCGCCUGCCGGCGCUGUGCUCUCUGAGGGCGAGAUUCUGCUUCACGGCUCGCUGCGUGCAGCCCUGCCCAUUGCUGCCUCUUCGCCUUCUGCGUCGGUUUCUUCGGCCGCUUCGCCACAGUCUCGAGCGGCGGCAAGCGCGUUCUUCUCUCUCCCGACGCCGCCCGUUGUAGUGUUUGGACAGCAAGGCCUGACGGUUGGCGAGGAGACGCCGCGUCUUCAGAACCUCAUUCUGUUUAGCGACGGCCUAAUCAAGAUACACAGUCGGGCGGAGAGCGCGAGCGAGGAAGCAGAGGAACAACGCUGCGAUCUCCACGCCCACGCGCAACCUGCACGACCUUGUGGAGCCCUCAGACAUUUCCAGACGGCGUUUCUGUCUCCCGCGGUGGCGGCGCUGAGGACGAUUGCAGAGGAGGAGGAGACCCGCGAAAAACGGAAAGGCGAGACGGCGCGAGAGGCGAAGCGAAGGAGAAACGAGGAGACGAAGACGGGCGGCAGGCGCAAUGCGCGAGACAAAGAGUCAGGGCAAGAGCCCACAGGGAGGCGCCCGCAGCACGAGAUCGAGAAGGAUCCUGAAGCCGAGCCGAUGGCGCAGGACGCGGAACCGCCAGACGCAUCCGCCUCUCUUUCCUCAGAAGCUGCGAGGGCCCAAAAAACAAACCGUGCUCUUGGGCAUGACGGGAAGCGUCUCGUUCCCCUGCAGCCCGAUGAGGAAACCCCCGCCGUGUCUCGCUUCUCUGGUCCCGUCUCCCUCCCCGAAAAACGGGCGCAACGCGACAGGAAGGACGAGAAGCAUCGCGGAGCAGCGACGGAGGAAGGAAAAGGUGAAGAAUCGCAGAGACACACGAGUGAAGGACGGGGCCGGAGAGAAGAACUGCUCUGGGUACGCGGACAGCAACGGCUGGUAGAACUCACGUGGCGCGUCGCUGUUCGUCGGUUUCACUCGCGUGGGCCAAGCGGCAAAGCUGAAGAGGACGAUGGCCGAGAAGAGACAGGACGGGGGCGCGCGGGCGUCGGCGCUCGACCAGAAGGAUCCCCGCAACUUUCGCUUCUGGGCGGGUGCACCACGAAGGGCCACAGUGCUCACCGCGGCCCGUCAGCGAAGGCGGAAGACACCGAAGUGAGCAGAGGCGGGGAGCGGGAGGGGCAAGAAGACAAAAAGGAGGCUCCAGAAUCUAGGGGCGUGGUAGGAAAGCGAUUGCCGGAAGAAACAGAGGCCAGCGCGUUGGAAGAAGAGAGACGAGAAGAAAGUGCGGCACGGAACGCCUGUCAGGGUGAAGAUCCCCGAGAACAGAAGGAAAACGAAUGGCCGCACGAAGAAGCGCAGCGAGGAGAUACACAGGACGCGAAGGAAGGAACGGAACGACGGGACGGCGACGACAAACAGAGCAUAACGCACGCGGACGUGAGAGGUGGGCAAGAGAACCGAGUCGGGCCGGAGGAGGCGACGAACGCCUCGACAGUACAGAAUGAGGCAGAGGAGGAGAAUAAUGACAUGGAGACGAAAACGAAUAGGAACCCGACAGCUGGCGGCGGCGCCUCAACGUGUCAGCCCACCCACGGAGGAAGGCUGCCGAUGGCCCUAAAAGAAGAUUCUCACGUGACCGAUUCUGGCGACGAGGAAAAUCAAACAGGUUCCAGCGCAGGGUUGCGCGACAUGCCGCCAGAGAGUGCAGGGGGGUCUGCAGGCAAGAGCCAGGAAGCGAACAAAGUGAAACACGAAGCGAACACGCCUGAUAGAGGAGCGGACCGUCCGACGCCUGUCCGCGCGGAAGGCGACAGCGCCACGCCAGCGCCGCAAGCUGCAGGGACUAGGCGGCGGGAGAACGAUGACGACGCGGGCGACCUUGGUUCCGAACAUGAAGACAAAAUGGUGGGAACGAGCAACGGGAGACGAGUUGAGGCGAACACUCACUGGAGCGAGACUCCCACACCGACGCGCCUGGGCAGCGAACAUAGCGUCGCAAUCCAAAGCGAGAUCGACGCAGUUCUUCCUCGCGGCGACGCGUGCAGUUCCAAGCCUCUGGAGUCGCUGUGGCGAAUUCGAACGCUCGCUCGCAGAGAGCAAGCAGAGUCCAGUCGACGCCAAUGUGUGCAGGACGAGCGCGGCAACGGCCCCUCGGAAAUCAAGUCGGUAGAGUUCUGGGGACUCGUCGAAUCCUUGAAUGCGGCGGGUGCGCCCCGAUUUGCGCCGCCGCCCCUGAUCGAACUUCUUGCCUCGGUCGAGGUUGAGCCGGGAACAGCCGAGGGCCGAGACUCUACGCUCGGGUUGUCUAGCUUCUCGGAGUCCUUGGCGGCUCCAGCCGCGCACCAAGGCUCUCCAUCGCCCAGCGCUGAAGCACCGGCAGGCGCGUCCGGCUCCCAGGCUUCACCUCGCGUAGCCUUUCGCCGUUCGCGUGAAGCGGUUCCGCUUCUGCGUCCUUUUCUCCCUUCUCUGCCUUCUUGGCCUUCGCCCGCUGCGCCGCAGAUUUCGCACACUUUCCACUCUCGCAGCCAAGGCGCUUCCCGGGUUCGCCCCCCUGUGCCUGAGGGCUACCCGUUCUCGUCCACGUUUUUCGCCCCUCUUCUGACGGCGGCCUGGUUGAGCAGUGCGGAACGGCGGUACCUGAAAUCGGAACAACGAAGAGACGCCAGAGGCGAGCAUGCGGCGGGCGCAAGGAUCGUCGCCGCCAAACAACGCAUGGGCGAAGAGAUAGCGGGCGAGGCGGCAGCAAGGACCGUAGACGGUCGCUCAGUCGCGUCAGUUCGUGCUCAGCGCCGCGCCGCCUCGCCCGCGGGGAACCGCGGCGGGGCAGCAGAGAGAGUGGCGAUGCAGCCUCCGAAGACGAGGAGCUCUAACGACAGACCAGACAAGAACGGUAGCGACGGGGAGAACGGUCGCCGCCAGAGGCGAGGACACGAAAUUCCAGGGAUUAAGGCGGCGGUCGAGGGACUGCUCGAUGGCCUCUCCUUUGGAAGGCCCUCGUGGUACGCUGCCGGAGGGCGAGGCGAUUUCCAAAUUGAUGGAGCGGACCGAGACAGCAGACGCAAGGGUAGCAGUGAGGGGGUUCUCAAAUCUGCAACUCAUGACGACCAGGAAGAGGAGCGUCAAACGGCGCACGAGGAACGCGAGGAAGCGGGACAGAAAGAGAGAGUGCAGACAAAACCCCACGCCGAGGAAACGGUUGCCGAAGCAGGCAAAGAAAGUGGCGAGGGGACUCGACUCGCCAGGCCAGAGAAACACACUGUGGCAGUCCGACACCACAGCGGCGCAGAAGCGAAAAGAGGCGGAGAGACACCAGACGACGGCGACCUCGCACUGAGUCUGUUGAUGGCCUCCCCUCUCCUACCGAGAAACUCACCGGCGCCAACAUACGCCCCAGACACAACUGACGGCGACGCUAGCCACCAGGCACGUGCAGACACUUCUCACGCCCUACAGCAGUUCCCCGCGUCGGCAGGAAACCAGCAAGAGCCGCCCCCUCAAUUCCUCUCACCCUAUUCGGCUUCCCCUCGCUUUACUUCGUCUGCUGCGUUUUCAGCGUCCCUGGUGUCAUCGCUAAAGGCUGUGAAGAAUAUGAGAAAUGCAGCCGUCUUCUCAGCUCCUUGGCAAGUGCCUGUUGCUUCCUCGCCCCAUGGCAGCCUCGAACUUCCCUUUGACGUCCGAGUGUACGGACAACGCGGCGUCGUCGUUGCCGAAAACAGUCGCGUGAGUGGCGCUGCCAUCCUCCUGUGCGGAGGAACUGGGGCCGUGCAAAUCGAAGGGAAAGUUACGGCGCGCGGUCGAGGAUGCAAGGCAGGAGAAGGGUCUGGAGCCGGACGUGGCCACGAGGCGUCCGCCGCGUAUUCUGCGAACCAGCAGUCGCCGCCGUCGGGUUCGAUCGUCGCCGAGAGCAAAGCAGAGCUCGUCGCGGGCUCAGCGCCAACCAUGGAAGGCUCCGACGCGAGCGCAGGCACUCUUUCUUCUCAUCAACGGCACGAACCUGCGACGCCAGAGCAGACUACGGGGCCGGAUGAAGCUGCAUUACCCUCCUCCUCUGCUGCGUCUUCUCCCUCCUCGUCCCAUGCUUUCUGCGGGGCGGGGGGCGGUGGCCAUGUUGGGCGAGGAGGGGACGGCGUCGACCCUCGCACAGGGCGGCCUUGUGUGGGAACUGGAGGAGUCUCUUAUGAUGUUAUCGCGAAUGCAUUGCCUCUCUCUCGCGGCGGGUCUGAACGUGGAGACAAAAUCGGGGUGAAGCAGGCCUCGGCAGCGGAGCACCUGGCCUCUGACGCUACGGUCUCGCACAACGCUUCACUUCCUGUGCAGAGUGGAGACGGGUGGCAUCUUGUAGGGCCCAGAGAGCCGCCUGGCAACGGGACUGGAACGGUCGGAGACACCAAGCAGCGGGGGAACGCAGACAGUGUGAGGACGCCAUCACCGCGUGCGGUGAGCGAACCCAGGAGUACGAAGGCGUCCUCGCCCUCUUUCGCCGAUCAAGGGAGGGGUGACGGCCCCACGCCAGCUGACCCCGCCAGGUCAGAGACUCCCGGAUCCGAUGCGUUUCAGCAGGAGGCAAAGCCUGCGACAAAGGGGAGCGGGGAGUUAGCUUCUGUGGGAGACGCCCUAGGGCCAGCGGCGGCUGUUCCGCUCCGCAGUUUGUCGUCUCCAGCGCGGUUCCUGGAGACAAGCCUCCCGACCACGAGUGCGUCGGGCGGUGGAGGAGACACCCGCCGCGCAGGCGCAGGAGGCGGCCUCGUCUGGUUGGAAGCCUUCGUGGUAGAUGUGAGGGGCGUUGUCGACGCGGACGGCGGGGAUGCGGAGGCGAUGCAAGAUGUCCCCGUGGACGACUCUGUGCGGCGUGCUCUGCUCGAAGAGGAGCAGCAGAAGAAAACCGAACGGCAGAACAAAGAGGCGCCAGAGGCGAUCGAACGGGCGGAAGUCGCUUGCAGGCGAGAGCACUGCCAUGGGCGUUCUCUGCGACGACAGCGGCGGCCGGGGAUCGCCGGGCAUCCCCCGCAGCGAGGGCAGGAGGUGUGGUACUAUCACACUCUGGGUGGCGUCGUACCAGACGCGGCUUCUCGGUGGGCGGUUCCCCAAGAGACACAGGAGAACGGCAGGAGACACAUGGGCGAGGGAAGCGAGCAGCACUGCAUGAGGGACGCGAGACAGAGGGAAGGCGACGCUGUCCUGAUAGGGCAGUCUGCGGAAGUCGCGCAGAAGCGCAAGAGGUCAACGGGGAGAAGGACGAACGCAGGGGAAGGUAGCGUAGCAGCAGAGACAAUGGGAGACGCGGUUCGUCGACACCAGACAGGGGACAGAGAACGGCAGGCAACCAUGGAAGAAGGGAACGUCUGUUCUGAAUCGCAGGCAGAGAGACGCAGCGGCCGGGGGGUGUCUGUCACCGCUGGAGCACCACGCUGGGGCGCCUCAGACUACGGCGCUCGCUCCUCGAGACACACCGGGGGCAAUGAAGAAUCAACACCGUCUUCGUCUCUAGCUCUCUUCAGAGCAAAAGGGGAGGGGCCGUCUGUUCUCAGGUCACGGCGGCACGUCAGCUGGGUUCCACGUCGCCUCUCGAGAGAGGCUGGGAAACCCAGGAUGCGAUCCUGUGGAAAACAUGUUUCCCAAGCUGGCCGCGCCGAACCAGGCGUCGGGCGGUCGCAACAUUCCCCGCGAGUUGCGCCGGCAGCUUGGGCUGAACGCACGGGGCCUGCGAGGCCGGAUGGCGACGCAGAGGCGUUGGCCGUCAAGCAGUGGGGACACGCAGAAGGCUCUGUUGACGCGCAACCGCCGCAACGGGUUCCACCCCUCGCUCAACGUGAGGAAACGCCUGCCGCGAACGAAAGAAGUGCAGCGACGGCUUACCUCGCGACUGUUCUUGUCGAUCCGAGCCAGGCAGGCCAAGGUGGAGGCGCUGGCGGCAGCAUCAUUUUGCGGACCUUCGCCCUCAAGGGGUCGGGCCUUCUGUCGGCGAGGGGAGGGAAGGGCGGGCGGUGCACAGGCGGCGGAGGCGGUGGAGGUGUGGUCGGGAUCGACUGGUUUCUCGCGGAUGCCGAGCGGUCGGAGGCGGAACUGCACUGGAGCGGAGCGACGCUUUCACCUGACGCAGGAGCCGGCGGGGGCACGAAGACAGCCGCAACCGGAGGCAGAGAAGCGAGCUCUUUUAAGGAUCUUAAAAGAGGCAGAGCCGCGCCGAGGGCUAAGCGAAGGGAGAACCAGGAGCCUAGCGAGGAGGACGAAGCGCCACGCCAGAGAACCUGCAAAGGCCACCGUCGGAAGGAUGAAGCCGGCGUGGAACCGAAUGAGAGUGGAGGCUUUGUGAGCUCAGCGUCCGAGGCGGAGCGCCCAGAGGAAGCAGGAGGUGACGAGUGCUGCUCUGCUGAUCAGAGGCCUUCGCGUCCUGGCACUCGACGAACGCUGAGCGACGCCGACGGCGACUUGGGGCACGCGCGCACCUCGAGCCUUUCGGCCCAACAGCAGCUUUCCGGGUUCCCUCCGGCUUCAGGCGAUGUCGAUACCAGAGCCCUGGCAGAGUCUGCAACGUACCCUGCAGGGACCGAGCCGGCGUUGCUUCCUUCACCCCUGCCUCCUCCCCUGUUCGAUCCGUCGGCGCGAGACCUCAGCGAGGAAAUCCUGGGAAUCGCACAGCGCUACCCUCCCCUCGUUUCUCCCGAGGCUCUUCUCGAGGAGCUCGGGGCCUUCCCGUUGCAGUUUGCCGCGCGGUUCACCGGCCGCGUCGAUGUCUCGGGAGGCGCUUCCGACAGCUCCCAAGUGUGCGAACUCUUGCGGCUUCCUGCGGGGUUCAAAGGCUUUGGUGGACAAGUCGUCGCUCUCCCCUCCCUCAGCGGCGAACCGACGUCCUGUCCUCCGGGCCGCGCAGGCUGGCAGUGCGUGCCAUGCCCUAUCGGCUUUUUUCAGCUUCCAGGCGAAGGGUUUUGUCGCGCUUGCGCCAACAGGCCAGAGGAGACCAGUGUGUAUGUCCAGGAGGCGUCGCUCGUCGUUCGAUCUGUCGCGAGUCCCCGCUGCCCCUAUGCGUGCCUUGCUGGAUUCCCAGAUGUGUCCAUCAAUCCUCGCUGUCUUCCCCCGAUUCUGUUCCUUGCGGACACCUUCCGAGCAAACACAGGAGGCUUUGUUCUGCUUCUUUGCCUCUUGUUCCUGAGCGUGGCCGUCCUUGCGAAAGUGGCGGAUCUGCUCGAGUGGGAGUCCGACCUCGACACGCAGUUCGAGGCAGUUCCAGGUGUGGACGCACCUCUGUCCUUCGGCCUGCAGGCGAGCGAUCCAGAACCAACCACCCUUCCCAGCGGCCCAACCUUCAGCAGAAAACCAUCGCCUGGAUCCUCCUCUUUCCUCUCUUCUCAAAGUUAUGUCUCCGCAAGCGAUGGCGGACCCAGUCCAGCGGUGCACGCUGCGCUCGGGAACGGAUCUGUUCAUGGAGCGACGUUUGCAGGGAGCGGGAACGGCGGCUCGCCCGCCAGCUCUGCAGGACAGGCUGCGCCUCCGGGCGUGCUACGGAAAGCCGUUCAAGAGCGCCGCAGCGUCAGAAUGUCUCGACCGUAUCUGACGAUGGAGGACCUCCCCUAUCACGUCCAGCGCAUCGUCCUCUUUGGGUCAAAUACCCCAACAGACCCCUGGGGGCUCGACGCAGCACCGCCUCCCUAUUUGUUGCCCCUCGUUGUUCCCGAGCGCUACGCCGCUUUCGCGUGCCAGGCGAAUCGACUCUGUUCGUACAGUCGCGGCUUUCUUCUCGUCUACAACAUCUUGAGAGCAACGUAUCUGCCCGCUGCGUCUCUCCUUCUCCAGGCCGCCAGGCAGCGCCGGGUCGCGCGUCUUGUUUCCUUCAUCCUCUCACUGGACAAUGCGAGCUUCCCGAGAGACGCUCGAGGUCUGGCCCUUUCCGCGUCUUCUACUAACCACGCGUCGGAGGGCCCUUCGCCCGCUGUAUUCUGGCGAUCGAUUCGAGCCCGUGAACUUUCCUUUGGAAUCAAGAUAACUGUUAGUCCCGGAAUGGAUGUGUGCUGCUUGGAUGUCCUCGACUUUGACAGAAACCCCUUCGACUACCACAUUUAUCCCCAUAGCCCUAUGGUGAUCCUCCGCAGCGACAUCCAGCUUCUCGCCCCUCAUGGUCCAGGUGCGGAGAGGCAUGCAGCCGCUGCAGUCCGCUCCGCGUCAUCAACGUUAAAUAUAGGAGAAACCCGUAGGUCGGACUGGUUUCAGUCCUCGCCUGCCGGCGCGUUACUUCACCACGACAGAAGCGAUGGCUUCCUUGGAAGGUGCCGGCGGAUAUUGUGGUGGCGUUCUCAACGCGAUGGAGAGAUUGGCGGGAAGGAUUCAGAAGCGAUUGCUGGCAGCGCCCGAAGCGCGAGCAGCCGAAGGGGGCCGGGGAGCGGGGGACCGGGCGACAAUGCAAGGAAGCAGGGGGGGGGAACAGCGGCGAGGAGAAUGCGCCACGAGGGCAGAAGGCGAUGCAGUCCGUUUAUCGAAGCGCUGCAGCAGAUUAUAGGCUACGACGAGUCGAGGAUUCUGUUUGAAUUCUUUCGACGAAAAGCCGCUCAAGUGGCAGAGCCAGACCUCACGGAGGCGGUUCAUGUUUCAGCAGCGCUGAAUCUGCGUCUAGCCGACUUCGGCAGCGAUACUUCAAAUCCACACGGCUCGUCCUUCGGCCGGACUCGGGCAGUCGACACUGACAAUCAGGAUGCUUUCUAUUGGAGAGACAACAUGCGGCGCGAGCGCGAGGAAGACAGCAGGGACGCUUUAUGUGGAACGUGUGGCAAUCGGUUACUUGUCUCGCCGUGUGGUGACUCAAAACUGGAGGGCGGAAAAUGUGUGCCGCCAGCUCCCCAAGCGUAUCCAUGGCAUUUGCACUCCACUGUCCACGACCGGCAUGCAGACUCAUCCUUAGGGUCUUCCGCCUCUCUAAACGCUACGCGAGAGGACACGCACGGCCGAGGCAAUAUGUCGCGAUGGACGGGGAAUCUCUCGGGAGAUCCAGAGGAACUUCUUCUCUGGCGUCUCUCGUCAGGCGUAGCCAGUGUCAUCGAGCUGUCCGAUGGCGUUCAGCGGCUCAGUGCGCAACUCCUCCGGCCGCACCGGCUCCAAGCGUCAGUCUGCAUUUUUCCUAUUGAAGGGUUUGUCACCCUGGGUGAUCGCCUGCAGCGCCUGGCGCUUCUCCCCUCUGUGUCUUCUGGUGGUUAUGGCGUUGCCAAUGCUCGUUUGUGUUCGCAAAUUGACCGGGGCUCCGAGCGGGUCCAUUCUGAGUCCGCGAGCUGUUCUCGAGCAAUUCCAGUUGUCGUCCCCUCCUCGGACCACCCGCGCAUGUCGCACACGCCUGCGCAGUUCUCUCCCGCCCUCGCGCCUCCUUGGCCGUCGCAUGCAGAGACCCCAGACGAAGGACUGUGCACAUCGCCGGUCCAUUAUCAGAGCCGGCAAGACGAAAGAAAGGGAGCGAAAAUGUUUCAUGUUUCCCCUUCCUUGUCGAUAUCCCCCACGCCUCAGGACGCCUUAAGGACUCCUACGCCGGCGACCGCCGGGGCGGGCCCUGUGCGAAGCGCAACAGGGCGUAGUGAACUUCUUCGCACCAGCAGGACGAGCAGUUGUAGCGAGGAUUCGGUCGACUCUCCUGCGUCGUCGAGCUUCGCCAUCCCCUGGACAGGAAGUCCGCCGCCAUUCAAUGUCUCGGGUGCAUCUUCGUCAGCCGCCGAUCUCGAAGGAGGCAAACGAUGCGAUCGCCCGACCCUCUCCGGAUUCGGAGAACUCGCGCGUUUGUUGUCGUUCUCUCCCCCGCGCCACCCGCCGUCACGAACUGGUUUCGCUACGGAUUCCUCUGGAAGUUCUGAGGACUCUCGAUUCCCCUAUCCUCUUGGCCUCCCCUCCCCAGCUUCUUAUCACAUGGCAGCAUCGGAAGCCGCUCACAGGGACGUGCGGAGUGCAUGCCCUCUGGUUGCCUCGCGAGGGGCGCCGAGCCAAAACAGUCCUCCGCAGCUGAACCACUACAAGCUUGUGUCCGGCUACCGAGAAUUCCCGGAGAUGGUUUAUUCUGCUGGAGGCGGGGAUAUGACCGCAGCACUGUCGGCGUCGUGGCUGCCGUCGUGGCCUUCCGCGCGUCCCACAGCCGUAAGUCCUCCGCAGGGGACGUCUUCCCCGCCCAAGCACACGCCGGCUCCAUCUCCUCUUGUGCCUCUGGCUGGCUGCAUGAGAGCAUGCGACAUCGGUUCGCUGAACGCUUCCGGGAUUCUUCAAGUGCGACGCAUGCGGCAGCAUGUGCUCGCCCUCAUCAUUACUGAACUGCCUCUGUCUCCUCACUUCUCGAUGGGCUUCGAAGACGCGAACAGGCGGGACGAGGCGGGAACGCCGAACCUGCCCCCCCUUGCAGCUCCACUGUCGUCAGCGGCUCUGACUUCGCCUCUCGAUCCUACCCGCCUCCACCCGUCGAACGUACCUGCAAAUGCGUAUGUGUCUCCAUCCUCGCAAAGUGCAACCGUUGGGGGAACUGCCGGUGGUCCGACGGGAAGUGGAGCGAUCGUGAGUCCGAAGCCCUCAUGCGCCGAUGCGCCUUCAGAACCGCGGAGGGGCGCGAGCACUCUCUCGGGAAGCAGCGUGCUCAGGCACAGUCCCGCCGCCGCUGGUGGCCCUUGUGUACGGACGGCGGUGAGCCAGCCACUGUUAACGGAGGCCCUAGACCAGCCCGGAACUCUGCCUGCGCCGAGUGACAGCCCCGCGACAUUGACCAAACGGGAGUUUGGAGCCUCGACGCAGGUGCAGAACUCGUCAGACGGUCCCGCUGAGCUGCGCGUCCAAGACCGGGAGUCGCCAGCACUGCGACAGGGCGCACCGCGACAUGGAACAGAACCGUGCAGGAGUCUCUUGACCCGCGCACGGCUUGGCACUCGGGCCAAGGUUCGGAACGACGGACUCAGCGACCGUGUAACCCGGCCAAUCCAGGAUGUCGCAGCUGCUGUCACACCGUCUCAGCCUUUUCCGUGUUGUACUGACGACACACGCGACGCCCGGGCGGCUAGCGGACACGUUGUGGAAUCAUCGAUUGCGGAGCCGGAUGGGGCAGCCACAAGGGGGGAAUCACGUAUGGAGCAGACGCGACAGAUGCGGUUCUCCGAGGCUACUCAAGGAGAUGCAUCGAUCGACCUCAAGACUCGCAUGAACCACAGGCUUCGCUCCGACACCGUAGCAGAUCUUCCGUCCCUCUCAGAGAAGGAUUCGCACCCGGGGGCCCAGAGUGAAACUCCCAAUUCCGAGGCUCGAAGAUACAUGUACGAAGCGUUACCUGGACGAAGCAGCUUGGGCGCUGCCGCUACCCGCAGAGCGGUAGCCGCUGCUGCGAUUGGCGAGCUCCGGCGACGAUUCAUACAGCGCCUGGGAGGCGUGCAGGGAUCACCAGAGCACGGGCCGUCGUCGAGAUGUCCGGGGUCAACCCUAGCAUCGACGAUUGGCCACGACGCGCCACGCACAGCUCGAGCCCGCAACCACGCCGACCGGGGAGACCAACGAUUCGACGACAGCUGGACAGAGUUUCUCAGUGGAGCCAACGGCGCUGCUAGGGGACGUGGCACUAGCAGUGACAAGAGAGACAGCGGGACCGAUGGGCAGCGCGGGGCGCAGGGAGUACGCGUUAUUCCGUAUGUAGAGGAGGCUGCGGAGGGGGAGACGUCGACCGCGUUCGGCAGGUGGACAGAAAACGUAGCCGCUGCAUUCAGGUGGAGGUUCUUGAAGAAACGCCGAACCGCUAUCAACUCGAGGCUUACCUUUACAGUUUUCGCGAGUCUUUUCCUCUUGCAUGGCGUCGCGAUGUUGGUGCAGUACUACUCCAUGUACCACGCCGCUCAUCCCGCAGCUUCUUUCCUGUCUUCUUCAACCCAGAGCCCGGUCACCCCUCCCCUGCUCCCUGCAAACGCUCUGGUGCCUGUGCCGUUUCCGCUGUCACCGACAGUGGGCAUCUCAUCGUUCGGAGCUCUUCGGUCACCCUUUCCUGAUAGCGUGCACUUUUACGUAGCGUUGCUGUUUCCCCCCUUUGUGGACGUCUUCACAAUAAUCUCUGGGUUGCUUUUCUUGGUAUUGGCGAGCCCCAGUUACGGCGAGCUUUUCCUCAUGUCGCUUCCGGCCUCGAUACCUCGUCACGUUCUUGGCUGUGCACUCCGCGUCUGGGAACAACCCCAGCAGAACUUCGCGGUCCUGAGCCUCCUUGAGCUCGCCUUUUUCGCAGUGCUGAAGGUCGCUCUCUCAGCUGCUGGAAGUCUGCAUCUCGAUAGUAUGGAGCAUCAUCAUCGGCUUUCGGAGGGCCUUUCGGCUGCAGAUAGCGUGGAACAUCUCGUUGAGUCGGUGAAUUUCAUUAAGGAAUUCAAGAUUUGUUUCCACGGAUUUGAAAUUGACGUUGAGUUCGAGUUCAACUAA